AUGGCUGAUACCGGAUCUCGCCCCCCUUCAUACGACAGAGAUGGUGUACCCGAUACCAAGAUUCAUAUUGAAGCCAAAUCAGCCGACCAUAUCGCCAAAGGGACUGAAGUCCAAAUUGUCUUUCAAGAUCUGUCCUACAGCAUUGUAGUCCCAGCUCCAGUUCAAACGAGCAAGGGCCCAUUUGCCAAAAAGGAAAUGGUCACCAAGCAAAUCUUGAAAAACGUCAAUGGAGCCUUCAAUCCUGGACGCUUGACUGCAGUCAUGGGUGCAUCAGGUGCUGGUAAGACUUCUUUGCUCCAAGUCUUGGCUGGUGAAGCUAAGCAAGGGAUGGUUGAGGGUAGAAUCCUCCUCAACGGUGAAGAGAUAGUAAGCAAGGAGAUCAAACGUUGUUCAGGCUUUGUUUUCCAAGAUGAUGUCAUCCUCUCGACCAUGACGGUACGGGAAGCCAUCACUAUGAGUGCACUCCUCAGAUUGCCAUCAGACUGGACCCUUGAGAGGAAGCACGCGAAGGUCGACGAGACAAUCCAAUUGUUGGGACUUGAAAAGGCUGCUAACACUAUCAUUGGAGACACCGAAACCAAGGGCGUCAGUGGUGGUGAGAGGAAAAGAACUGCCAUGGCCAUGGAGAUGAUCACAGAGCCACAAGUGUUGUUCUUGGACGAGCCCACAUCUGGUUUGGACACCUUCACCGCUUACGCCGUGAUCAAAAUACUAUCCGAGUUGGCCCAUGCAGGGCGCACAAUCAUUGCCACCAUUCAUCAACCCAGCUCUGAAAUCUUCCACUUAUUUGAUGACUUGGUUCUCAUGGCUGACGGCAAAGUAAUGUAUGCUGGUAGUCAAGAACACGUGGUCGACUACUUUGGAGCACACGGUUACCCGUGCCCCAAGUAUUCCAACCCAGCCGAUUAUCUCUUCAUGUCUGUUCUCAACAACACUGCCCAAGAAGUCACAAGUGGGGGCCAAGUAAAAGAAAACAACAAAGACCGAAUCGAAAGAUUGUUGGGCGUUUUUGAUAAGAGUGACGAGUUCUCCUUGAUCAAAAAACAAGUCGAUAAUCCUGACAAAGGCGGUGUGUUGGUUGGAUCCACUAAGAAGUUCCCAUACCUACUUCAAAGAGCAAGUAAAAAUGCUAUAAGAAAUCCAUUGAUAAUCAAGGCUAGAAUGGCUCAAACUGUCGUCAUUUCAUUGAUUAUCGGAUUUUUGUUUCUGAAUACUGGUUCGACGACCGGCCAAGCAUCAGUUCAGAACCGUUCCGGUGUUCUCUUCUUUGCCUCAGUCAACAACGUCAUGAGUUCUUGCAUUGGUAUUCUCUCGAUUUUUGGUGGAGAGAAAACAGUCUUCACUCGUGAACACGGUGCCCAAUACUACUCCCUCCCAUCCUACUUUAUCUCCAAAACAUUGGUUGAAAUGCCGUACCAAAUCCUCUUCCCUUGGGGUCAAGCCACAAUCUUGUACUGGAUGGUAGGCUUGCAAAACGUUGCAAGCAAGUACUUCAUCUUCUCCUCUUUCGUCGUCCUCUCAUCUGUGUGUGGUUGGGCGUUGGGAAUUUUCUUUGCCUGUAUGUUCAGUUCUUUGCCAGUAGCUUUAGCAGUCACUCCUGUGAUCUUGAUGCCUCUGAUGCUCUUCUCUGGAUUGUUUGCCAAUCUCAAUGCUAUUCCCAUCUGGUUGAGAUGGAUUCAAUACAUUUCUCCCAUCAAGUAUGGAUUCGAAGGGAUGCUUAAAAACGAGUACACUGGCAUUCAGCUGUGGUGUGCUGGCGCUCUUCCAGUAGAUGGGUCCGUUUGUUUGACACAACAAGGAAUGGAUGACGGCUUGGGCAUUUGGGCCUGUGCCCUUAUUCUCAUUGCCAUGGUUCUUGCUCUACUUGGACUUGCAUAUCUCUCGCUCAACAGCUUGGUGUCUGCUAAGAGCAGCAGCACCGCAAGCUACAAGAAGAAGAAAUGCACCCCAUUUGGUAAACAAUCUUCAGAGAGCAAGUUAGGAUCCCCAAAGAAAAGUGAAGCCCUUUGA